AGUGCACGGGGCUGUGCCAAAUAGGUGAGCUGAGUGCCUGCGCCAACUGAGUCCCAAUGGAGGGAGCUCAGCAUACGCGUUACCAGCCAUUGAAUGCUCAGAGAGGUGCGCCAUCACGAGUACAAGUGAGCAAGGAGGCUUGCAUUUGUGUGGCGUCCUCAGAGCCAGGAAUGACAAGAGCCGUAGUGACAGUGACAGUGCGGUGCGGAUGAUGGUUUCCAAGGUCCUUUGUAUCUAUGACUUUGUGUCGGAUGUGUGGGCGGUGCAAGCUAAUGCCCAUUCCGACAAGAAGCCCCUUCACAUUCUCGGCUACUUGGGGGCUGCCCUGCUCACGGUUUCCUGCAUGGUGAACAUGAUCAUUGUCAGACGAGUCACCCGAGUUCAUCGUGAAAAGCUCUUCAAAGGAAUCAGCAAAAUGGCACCUUUGCAGUACUACAUGUCCCGCAUUUUUGCUUGCAGCAACCCAGAGGUCAUGUGCAGCUUUCUCAUCAUGAGAGCCGACGCGAAUCGGCCGAGACAACUCCAGGAAAUCCAAGUUGCUAUCCGCGAGCUCAAAGAGUACGGCUUGGUGUCUCAGACGUUCGAGGACAUUCCACAAUUGUUGGUGCAGGCCUACUCGGCACUCCUCUGCAUCUAUCAUGGAUGGAAGGUGCCUGUGCCCGUGUUGGCAUCACUCUGCAUGUCUUUGGCCAUGGUGCUUGUGAAGCUGUUGGGCAACUGCUUCGUGGCGGCCAUUGGUGCCACCGCGAGCAAUGCGAGUUUGUCUCAGUUGGCAGAUGACCAAAAUCGCCACAUCGACCUACCGGAUGCACUCUCAGCCAUGCGUGUCUUGAUCCAGGCUGUGCUGCUGGCCGGGAACAUUGUGUUUCUCUAUAAGUCUGGCCCGAUCCCCUUGCCGAUGCACCUUCCUGCUGGGCAGCUUAUAGGAAUCAUAUCCAUCAUCUUGUCCUACAUUCUUUCAUUUCUCUUCAACAUGUUGUUGGUGCGGAGGCUGCGCGACAAGCUUUGGCACGCAUUGCUGAAUUUAGAGCUGGCAGUGGUGUUGCUGUUCUUUGGAAGCCUUCACCCUGCAGCCCUUCGUCUCAUGGAUGACAAGCUUCCAUCGCAUGCUGGGUGUUGGUGGAGGCUGUUGCUGAUAGGGCCAGCUGUGCGUGGCAUGGCAAUGGUAGCUGUCCUUUCUUGGGCAGUUUGGAAGUCAGAAUUCCCAGUGGCUGAGAAUAUUUGCAUCUUGUUGCUGAUUCUCAAUGGAAUUGGACUUGCAGACCUUGUGGCUUCCAUUGACGAGAUCAAUGACGAUGAGAGCAACAGUCCAGUUCGUGACAUCUUCACCGUCGCACAGGUAGAAGAGGAAGAUGAAAGAUUGAACAAAGAGGCCGCAGAGAAAGAAGAGAUGAUCAAGGAGCUUGAAGAGCAUCUCAUUCAGUGUGGCUUUGAGGCCUACAGUGAAAUACUGGUAAGUGAAGGUUUUCACUCCAAGGAGCAGCUGAUGGAGCUGACUGAGGCUGAAUUAGUGCAGUUGGGCCUAAGCCAGCACGAGGCAGCGAGCCUUCAAACGCGGAUGCAAAGGGUCAACACUGGUGAUGGAGCUCAAGGCUUUCUGGUUCAACUCCGCAAUAUGGGCGUUUCUACUGCCAUUCUCAAGGGCAAGACUGAGUACGAGGUGCUUUAUGGGCCUGAUGCCGGACAGGAACUUCCACUUCGUGAGAGGAAAAUGUUUCUGCAAUGGCGACAGGAACGUCUUCAAGGCCAGAUCUUGACCGAGGAUGUGGUGAUGUUGGGCAUGUCUGUGCGAAGGGGUCCUUCUUGGUGCUAUGAUUCUGGAGACACCACCCCGGAGGAUGGAGAAGGAGAAGGUCGUGUUGUGGCAUGGCGCACUUCAGCUGGCCAAGUCAGAGGCAAACCUGAGUUAGCUCCAUCGCUUUGUGGCUGGGUGCGAGUUGAAUGGCUCGUAACAGGUUACCAGAAGAAUUAUCGCCUAGGCGCCGUGGGCGUUGGUGUGACUUUCACAAGGGACAGUGAUCUCCUUGUUGCUACGGAGGACAGAAUCAACCUGGCUGAAGUACAGAAAGGAGAGCUGCAGCUCAAGCACUUGAGGUGCACCUUCGGGUACAAGAGUGGCGUAAUAUAUCCACAUUAUGCCAAGUUUGACAUUCGCAAAGAAGCCUUGGAGAAGGUCGCUGCUUUCCAACAUGGUGACGUCGUUGUAGACAAGGAUGAUUCACAGGGUAUGAGAAGUGUUUGCAUCGGUUUAAAGUAUGACCCAGAUGACCAGAAAGUGAAGAUGUGGUUUCAUCGCAACGGAAAGCAAGGUGCCGGUCUCUACUCUGGUAUCGACUUGGAGAGGAGCCUGAAAAUCAUUGCUCGGACCAAUAUGGUAGAAACUAGACGCGAUGAGCUCGAGGCAGCGUCCGAUGGCGAGAUUGAACAUGAUGACCGCGAGUGGGUGAGGCAGAAUCUCCAACCAACUUUGAGGUACAAAACCAGGAAUGGUCAAGUUCUAGCCUUUGACACCAGUGCGGAGAAGAUUGCAAAGUUCAAGGUGAAAUUCAAGUCAGGGGAUGUGAUUCAGGAUGCUGUAGAUCAUGAGAAGAUGACAUGCAUUGGCGUUGCCGCCGACCCCCGAAUUGCAAAUCUUGGUCUUGAUUCAGGGAACAGGAGAAUGGCGGGCAGCAUUGCAGACCUGUGGUUCCACGUUCAAGGUGCUCCUGGCGCUGGGGUGUCCCCGAACCUCCACAAGACUUUGGGCAAAUUCACCGUCGUGGGGAAUCAGCCCGUUCACCAGGGUGAAAUCGAAGAGACACCUGCUGAGAAAGUGACUACCAUUCUGCAGAGCUUGGAUGGCAACUUAGAGUGCAACUACCAUUUCCCAGCGGGUGCCGGAAGCCAGGCCCGAGACAAAACCUUUGAUGUCAGACCAGAUGUGGUCAAGAAGGUCACGGGAUGGGCGCCCGGAACGGUACUUUCUAUUGGUGAUCGCGCAGAUGUUCAAUUGACGCUGAUCGGACUUCGCCCGGAUGACCAUGGCCUUCCAGCAGUGUGGUGGCACUUCCAAGAUGCAGAAGAGCAGCACGCAGGAGCUGGAAUGAUGCCAGGGUGGGAGAGCUCACCCAUAGAGCUGAAGGACACAGGCAAGCGCUGGGACUUAGAGGAACUCAAGAGGGAGCUUAGUUCAAAAGCUGGGCCUCAAAAAGAACAACGGGAAGUACUUGCUCAGCUUCUGGCGGCGCUACACUCUCGGAGUGGGUGAAGGUGACGGACGAGACCUCAUGUGCCUUCCAGCUGCCGGUGAAUCUACUUCGAGCUCGCCUUGUGGAUCGAGGGUUUCUUAGGGGUGCAAAAAGUUGCAACAGCACUCCUGAAGUUUGGAUACUGUUCUAGGGCAACGCAGAACGAUGUAGGCAUGGAAGGUCCAGCAGUGCGCGAAUGAGCCUUCCUGAUUCUCGAA